GGCCCGGUGCGCCGGCGAUGGCGCCGGGCGGCGCCCGGAGCUGCGCGGGAGGUUCCGGGCGGAGCGGGAGCUUCCGGGAGCGGCCGCGCUGAGGAGGAGGAAGAGGAGGAUGAAGAAGGAGCAGGUGGCGCACUGCCAGUUCUCCGUGUGGUACCCGCUCUUCAAGGCAGUCACCAUCCGCAGUGUUAUUCUUCCCCUGCCAGAGAAUGUGAAAGAGUAUUUGCUGGAUGAUGGAACACUGGUGGUUUCUGGAAGAGAAGAUCCACCAAGUCAUGCUCAGGAGGGGAGUGAUGAUGCAGAGGAGAUACAGUGGUCAGAUGAUGAGAACACUACAACACUUAAGGCACCAGAAUUUCCCGAGUUCACAGCUAAAGUUCAGGAAGCAAUAAGUUCCUUGGGUGGCAGUGUUUUUCCUAAACUCAACUGGAGUGCUCCAAGGGAUGCCUACUGGAUAGCAAUGAACAGCUCUCUGAAAUGUAAAGCUCUCAGUGACAUCUUCCUGCUCUUCAAGAGUUCAGACUUCAUCACCCGUGACCUCACCCAGCCAUUUAUUCACUGUACAGAUGAUUCCCCUGAUCCUUCCUUGAACUAUGAGCUCGUUCUUCGCAAAUGGUGUGAACUAAUCCCUGGUGCAGAAUUCAGAUGCUUUGUCAAGGAAAAUGAGCUUUUAGGUAUAUCACAGAGGGACUACACCCAGUACUAUGAUCACAUCUCUAAGCAGCACGAGGAGAUCUGUAGGUCCAUACAGGAGUUUUUCAAGAAACACAUACAAUACAAAUUCUUGGAUGAAGACUUUGUUUUUGAUGUGUACAGAGACAGCAGGGGUAAGAUUUGGUUAAUAGAUUUUAACCCAUUUGGUGAAGUAACAGACUCCCUGCUCUUUACAUGGGAGGAACUCACCUCUGGAAAAAACUUGAAAGGAGAUCAAAGUGAAGGGGAAGCAACAGAACAGGAUUGCCCAGUGUUCCGUUGUACCAACAGCAAAGUCACCGUCCAGCCCAGCCCCUACCUGAGCUACCGACUGCCCAAGGACUUUGUGGACCUUUCCACAGGAGAGGAUGUUCACAAAUUGAUUGACUUUCUAAAACUGAAAAGAAAUCAGCAAGAGGAUGACUGAGGUACCCAGAAGCAUUACAUUGAAUUACAAGCAAGAAAUGUGGCAAAAUCUGUAUUUAGCAUAACUAUUAAACUAUUGAUUUAAAGGAAACCUGCUUUUUAUAGUCAAUGAAAGAUCUGAAGAGCUGUUCAUCCCCAGUGUCUGUUGGUUUAUAGGAAAGUGUAGGGAAGCUUUUUCAGGGAAACAUGAAAGGUCAGGGUGAGUUCUCACUGGAUUCCAGGUGCAAAGAAGCAACAGCCUGAGUGCAGCUGAACAAGUUCUUUCCAUUUUUCAUAAUGUGAGGAUUGAUGCACAGAGCUACGCCUUUGGACUCCCCAGUGUAAAUGUGGCCACACAAAAUGCUUGUGCAGUAACAACAUGGAGCAUUCUCUGCAUUUAGGCACUGUCUUGCUUAAUAUGUAGUCACAAAGAAAAAGGAAUGUACAUUUUUAUCUGUAGUAACCUUUUAAAAUUGUGAAUUUAUUUUGUUUGGGGAGCACUUCUCAUCCUUUAUGUAGAAAAAAAAAUAAAAAAUGGAGAAGGGAUUUUUUUCUUUGUUCCAAGGGCUAAUAUUUCAUUUCAGAGAACAGCUAUAGCUGUAGUAAACUACUUAAAGUUUGAAAAUUUUACAUAUUGGGAAUUUGAAAUUCUGAAUGCAUUUAAAGUAAAGUAAUAUUUUCAUAGUUGCUAAAGUGAAAUGAAAUUCAUUUAAACUCACCAAAUUUUAUUUCAUUUUCAUAGUAAAGCUUUCUUGAAACGUGUUUUUUUAACAUGAUUACAUACUAGACAUUGUCUGUGACUUUAAUCUACAUAAUUAACAUCAAAUUAUAAUUUUAUAUACAGACUCAGUCUUGUUUCUUUUGUGUCACAUUUCUGAGUUUCUUAGGAAAGCAGUUAUUCUUUCAGCUCUUAAAAUUC